GCAGCCUUUCCCACCGCGGAUCCCCGGUGCUCAUGGGGCAGGCAGAGACAAGCUUGCAGCACUGAGCCCAACAGGACCAGUCCGUGAUGUCCAGCACCAAAUUUGAGGAUUCCCUUCCUCGUCGCAACUGGUCAUCUGCUUCAGAGCUGAAUGAAACUCAAGAACCGUUUUUAAACCCCACAGACUAUGACGACGAGGAAUUCCUGCGGUACCUGUGGAGGGAAUACCUACACCCGAAAGAAUAUGAGUGGGUCCUGAUAGCAGGGUACAUCAUCGUGUUCGUUGUGGCUCUCAUCGGGAAUGUCCUGGUCUGUGUGGCAGUGUGGAAGAACCACCACAUGAGGACAGUCACCAACUACUUCAUAGUCAACCUUUCCCUGGCAGACGUGCUUGUGACCAUCACCUGCCUUCCAGCUACCUUAGUUGUUGACAUCACUGAGACCUGGUUCUUUGGACAGUCCCUCUGUAAGGUCAUUCCUUAUUUGCAGACUGUGUCAGUGUCUGUGUCUGUUCUUACAUUGAGCUGCAUUGCCUUGGACCGAUGGUAUGCAAUUUGUCACCCUUUGAUGUUCAAGAGCACAGCUAAACGGGCUCGAAACAGUAUUGUCAUCAUCUGGAUUGUCUCCUGCAUCAUAAUGAUCCCUCAAGCCAUUGUCAUGGAGUGCAGCAGCAUGCUCCCUGGCUUAGCCAAUAAAACUACCCUCUUUACAGUAUGUGAUGAGCACUGGGGAGGUGAUGUUUACCCAAAGAUGUACCACAUCUGCUUCUUCCUGGUGACUUACAUGGCUCCUUUGUGUCUUAUGGUAUUGGCUUAUCUGCAAAUAUUUCGUAAACUCUGGUGCCGGCAGAUUCCAGGAACUUCAUCUGUGGUUCAGAGAAAAUGGAAGCAGCCUCAGCCGGUUACUCAGCCCCGAGGGUCUGGACAGCCGAGCAAGGCCCGGAUUAGCGCUGUGGCUGCUGAGAUAAAGCAGAUCCGAGCCAGAAGGAAAACAGCCCGGAUGCUCAUGGUUGUACUUCUGGUCUUUGCAAUUUGCUAUCUACCAAUCAGCAUCCUCAAUAUGCUAAAGAGGGUAUUUGGAAUGUUCACACACACCGAAGACAGAGAGACUGUCUAUGCUUGGUUCACAUUUUCUCAUUGGCUUGUAUAUGCUAAUAGUGCUGCAAACCCAAUCAUUUAUAAUUUCCUUAGUGGAAAAUUUCGAGAGGAAUUUAAAGCUGCCUUUUCAUGUUGUCUUGGGGUUCAUCAUCGCCAAGGAGAUCGGCUCGCCAGGGGACGCACAAGCACAGAGAGCAGGAAGUCCCUGACCACUCAGAUCAGCAACUUUGAUAACGUAUCAAAACUCUCAGAGCACGUGGUGCUCACCAGCCUAAGCACACUCCCAGCAGCCAAUGGGGCAGGACCGCUUCAAAACUGGUAGAACAUUUAUUGCUAUGAGGAGGAUACCCCACUCAAACUAUUCUUUUAUACAAACUCUGUGAACGGAUGUUUUAGUAUCCUGUUGAUCUAAACCUAAAACUACUUGUCUACCCAUUUUUUUUCAAUCGAUCACUCUUUGGAAAUAAGCAAAUUUGAAAUACUUAAUGAACCGUUUCCUCAAACAUGUUAUAUGUUUAAACUGCAGCUGAAUUUAUUUUAAGCUAUUUCGUCUUAGUUCUGUGAACUGAAGUUUGUGGCAGUUAAGGGUUUGAACAUGUCUAAUUCUUUUUAUAACCUUUGGCAUUUUAAUCUCACAACUCAAAAUGGUCGCUAAAAAUCACCAAAAAUUAAUCAUUUCCUUUUGACUGAUAAAAGAAGUAACAAUUACUAACUCUCAGUUAACAACAGACAUGCUAAUUGACAAUAUUUUUUUAAUUCAUAAAAAAUGAUCAUUACAAUGAGCUUACCUGGGAGACUAUUUGUGAAUCAAAUAGCAUGUAAUUGGUAUAUAUUAUAAAUCUCUCUUUCCAAAUCACAUGAAAUACAUACUAUUAAGCUUAAUUUGCCACUAAUUUUAUUUUUCAUUUACUAAAUGUUCUCAGGUUUAUAACCUUAUAAUAUUUAAGUUUUUGUGCAAUAUAGAAUCAAACUGACUAUAUUAAAGUAAAAAUUUAGCAGCAACUACUAAUACAUAACCACUUUCAUAUCUGUGAAGGAUUUAAAUUAAGAGCUAAAAGUCAGAUGAUUUUCUUCUUCAAAUUAGGGACAAUGAAUUAGUGAGCCUUGCUGGAGUCAAAAUAUGACAAUGUGGUAUGUCAGAGUUAGUGAGGAAAGGACAGGAUUUGAGAAGGGCUGUAGUUCAGUUCUGGGAUAGGGCUUUAUAACCAAUCACUUCCCUAAUAGGUUCCACUAGUCUAUAGUUUAGUUACCAUCACUGAAAACAAAAAGCAACAAAUAAAUGAAACAAGGCUUGUUGUAGUCUAGUGAGGGAGAAAACCUGAGGGGCAAAACAGAAUAAUCACAAAACUACCAAAGACAGUGGUCCCCACCACAACACUGGCAGUACUGUUACAACCGCCAUGCCACCCCAUUUAGAUAUAGUAUGCUCUCUGUGUUAGUAAUUCUGGCAUGCUUGAAGCUUAGAGAUGGGAAAUUAGGAAAAUUGAAGGCUUGAUACUAACUCAUGCACAAAUGGAAAGGAUAAAAGGUAUUUUGUAUAAAUGUAAAUCAUGGGAUUGGAACAAUUGAUUAUUUCAAAUUUGUUCUCCACAAAAUUCUUCUGAUGCAAGUAUCCACUUCUAAAUUAAAUUAAAAGUUUAAAAUUAUACUUAAAAAGUUGUUCUUCAGAUCAUAGUGAGCUGUGGGCACUCAUAUCAAAACUGGAUAUAUUUAACAUUUAAGAGAGAUUUUAUUUGAAAUAAUUAUAUUGUCGUUUUUUUUUCCUUUUGCCCAACUCUUCAUUCUCAGAGAAAAAUAAUACCGCCAAAUUAUCCAUACUUUCUUUUCCGAAGCUUAGGAUUUUGUUACCAUGUGCCUUUUAGUACUCUAAGCCAGGACUGCCCUCUUACAUGAGGUGUAUCACAGUUAUAUGGCUGAAUAUUGUGAUGUUCUAUAUCUAUGAACAUGAUACUUUCAAUGUCUCCUUUCUCCCCUUUGAGAGCUUUGUCUGCCACAUGAAAGGAGAGUUGUAAUUUUCUGAUUGUGAUGACAGUUAGCACUUUAAGAUUUGAAGAUAACUUCAAACCCUCUUGGUAAUAAGCCUUAAUAGUCUUGCAGCUCAAUGAAGAUGAUAUAAUGGUCUUAUCUAAUAUAAUUGAACUUCAUUAAUGCUAAGUUGUUAGAUAGUAUUAGAUCCUAAGAUGCCAGUUCUUGUUAUAUAAACAAAAUGAGAGGCCUUGAGAAGGGAAAGUGUGGGAAAAGAGCCAUGGAGUCGGGGGUGGAUGGAGAAAAGACUUUGUAUUGGUAUGGUCAAUCAAGAUUCAGAAUUUGUUUAUACUACAUUAAUAAUCCUAAUGUGGUGUGGUCCCUCGACCAUCAACAUCUGAAAUUCCAAGGAACUAAUACUAAACAUGUGUUCCAAACUUACUAAACCAAAUGCCUUGGGUUAAGUAGCUAGGGAUGUGUACGAUUACAAUUCUACAGGUGAUUAUGCAGCUCUUUAGCUUUGAGACCUCUGCUCUAAAUGGUGUCUCCUAGCAUCAACUUAUUAGCCCAUGUGAAAUAAAGUCUUUUACUGCACAGGUAUCUACAACAGGGAGUACCAUCUUCACUGCUGUCGUCCUGGCUGGAGGUCUGAGAGAAGAGGCUGAGUAUCCAUGUGGAGUCUCACCCCUGUCACCUCAAAGAGAUAAUGGUUUACAAAACAGAUGCCACUGUGUUCUUAGUGUGAAGUUAAAGAGGAUGGAUUUUAUGGCACUUAUGUGCUUCAUAAGUGACCUAGAUGACUUGAGAUUUACUAAAAUUUCCCAAUUGCCGAUUUUAUUUACUAACUUUCUGCUUUACGGGAGCAGUUCAUUUUGAAGAGUAACUAUGACCUGGAAGAAAACUGAUGAAUUAAACUGGUACAUAAAUGAAACUCUGGGAAAGGAAUCAUGAAACAUGUAUUUAUUUCUCAACAUUAGGGCCUAUGAAUCCUGAGUGAGUUGGAUUGAUAUGGUGACCUUCAUAGGACAAUUGAUUAAAAAAAGAGGAGGCCCCAAAACAGCCAUGUUAUUGGGGUGCUUGACUACUUACCUCAUUGUGUGCUAAUGACACAAAUGAGAAACUUUAUGUGUAAAGUUUAUUUUGGAGCGGAGUUAUGCGGAUCAUUGGACAAUUAUCUGCCUUUACUACUGUUGUUUUCCAAACCUUCAAUGUGAGAUGUUAAUGUCAUUAGUUUUGUCACAAUUAAGGAUGGUGUGAUAAUUUUACCAAUAUAUAUUGGAGAUUAAUGACUUAUGAAAUUUUAUAAUAUCAUAAAAACCUUGAUGUUUUGAGUUCAUUCAUUUGGGGCUAGUUAUUAUCCCAAGUUUGUGAAGAGAAAAAAUGUGACUUCUAAAUUUUCCACAAUGUGGAAUUAUUAAGUAGUUAUAAACUAUUGAUAACUUUAGUACAAAAGUGUUAGGCACAGUAAUACUCAGUUUCACCACAGUGCACAUUGGUUCAGGAAGAAUAGUAACUAUGCUUAUAAGUGACAGCAUGAAUGUGUCUAGAGACAAUACUAAUCAUAACUGAAAUGAGGGCUAUUAGCACUUUGAUACAAUGUAACAAUAUCAGGUUUGCAUUAGCUGUAAAUCAAACAAAACUCAAAUGCAUUUCAAAAGCCAUGGCUAGUCCUUACAAUUAGAAACAUUUCAACGAACGUAAUUUCAAGAAACAAAAGCAUAAAUUCCAUUAGAUUAUUUUCAAAUAGUUUUUACACUGCUGGAAGCAAAAUAAUGGGGUUUGGGAGGGUCAUUAGAUAAGUAGAAAAAUAUUAAUUUACAACCCAUUCUAUUACUUCAUGCACAGCAGAAAACAAAGAACAGGAACACGCAAAGCACUGUCAGUUCUCCAAGUUCAAAGGGAACGUUUUUCUACAGUUUUCUGCUAUUGAAAAGGGGAACAAAAGACUCCCCAACUUGCCACGUAUUUCUAUUCUUUAAAUUUUCUUUACAGGCUUUGGAGUUAGAAAAUUUAGGUUUUUCAUGAAAUGUGUUUCUAUUAUUGUAUCCAUGUAUGUAUCAGCAUGUCAGUUGUUUAACAAGUAUACAUUCAAAGUCCUUUAUGCCUGAUUGUACUGUGUUUUCAUGAAUAUAUUUCUUAUCAAAACAAUGUGGUUCUAUGUCUCCCAGUGUGAAGGUUGAAUUAUGUAGUUUUAAGUAAAAUAUUACUGAGAAGUCCAUAAUCACAUCUACAUUGUCCUGAUGUACUAUGUGAAAAAUUAUGUUGUUGUUCAAUACAUAAAUUGGAUAUUUGCUCAUAAUUAUUGUCAAAUCUUUGCAGUUAAGGAUUGAAUUAACCCUGGUGCCGUACUUGAUGACCAAAAUAUUUUCCAAUAAGUUUAUAUAACCAGGGAUAAUGAUGAUAUAAAAGAUUUUUAAUAUUGUUUCUAAGAGGAGGUACUACAAUAAAAGUUAAUAUUAAAUACACAAAUAUUUCAU